AUGGUAAAUAGUUUCGAGACAUCUCAAAAACAACGGAACAGGGGCUGGUGUGCCGCUCUUGCUCACCCACCCUUCACCCUCAUCUACGUCGCCUUCCUCUUUGCUUUCUAUGCCGGCAUCCUCACCGCAUCCCGAGAGGUCAGUCCCUCCCCAUCCCAUCCCACCCCGUGUCUGUUGAGCCGUGCUGCUACUUCUGCUUUCACUCAUCUACGUCGCUAUCCUCUUUUGUGUCUUUCCCGGCAUCCUCGCCAUCUACCGAACGGCAAGUGGCUUCCCAUCCCAUCCACAUUCCUUCCCUUCCUUCCCCACCACCCCCCAUGUAUCCCCAUUCCUUCCCUUCCUUCCCCACCACCCCCCAUUUAUCCCCAUUCCUUCCCUUCCUUCCCCAUCCCGCCCCAUCCUUCCCAAUUUCUACCCUUCCUUCCCCAACCCUCCCCAUCCAUCCCCAUUUUUUCCCGUCCCUCCCCAUCCCUCCCCAUCCUUCCCCAUUCCUUCCUUUCCCUCCCCAUCCCUCCCCAUCCAUCCCCAUUCCUUCCCAUGCCUCCCCAUCCCUCCCCAUCCUUCCCCAUUCCUUCAAUUCCCUCCCCAUCCCUCCCCAUCCAUCCCCAUUCCUUCCAUUCCCUUCCCAUCCCUCCCCAUUCCUUCCCUUCCCUUCCCAUCCCUCCCCAACCCCAUUCCCUUUCCUCCCCAUUCCUUCCCUUCCCUCCCCAUGCCUUCCCAUUUUUCCCCAUUCCUUCCCUUCCCCUCCCCAUCCCUCCCCAUCCUUCCCCAUUCCUUCUGCUCCCUCCCCAUCCCUCCCCAUCCAUCCUCAUUCCUUCCCUUCCCUCCCCAUCCCUCCCCAUCUAUUUCUACUCCCCUCCACUCGCCUCUCAUUUGCAUUCAUCUGGCGGCGAUAAGACGCCCAUCUACUCUGCUCUCUCACCCACCCCCCCUCCCUUGCCCAUCGCAUUUACCAGCCCCAUGCCCCCACCCGUGCCUGCCGCUGUGCUAGUGCCAGCGCUCGCCGCACCCGCGCAUGCUGCAGCCGCACUCUCGCUCGCGCCUGCGCCUGCGACCGCUGCGCCCGCGCCUACUACCACCACGCUAGCAACGCCCACCACUGCCGCUGCUUGUGCCACUGCCGCUGUAGCACGCUCGCAGCUGCCACGUGUGCCACCACCACUUCUCGCGUUGCUGCCGCUGUGCGCCCGCUGCAGCGCACUCGCCGCUGCCGCAUGCGACGUCGCUACUGCUGCCCCUGCAGUGUGCCAGCAACGCACUGCCAGCUUGCCGCCAGUGCGCCACUCCUGCCUGCCAGCCGCCCGCGCCAACCUGCCGCCCGCGCUGCCCGUGCCGCCUGCGCCGCCCGAGCUGGCGCGCUGCCCACACCGCCCGCACCGCUCGAGCCACCCGCACUACACGUGUCGUCCGAGUCGCCAGCACCUACCAGAGUUCUUGACGCUGCUGCCAGAAUCUAACCCGGAGGAGGUGUUGGUUCUCGGGGUGCGGCGGGGGCGCAGCAGCAGCAUGUUGUAUGCACGUCAGUAUGCGUGCACGUCAUCCUAA